AUGGAUGGACAUCGAUGGAAAUGUUUUAUAACUAACUUUUUGCCAAAACUUAAAACAUUUCGAUUUAAAAUGGCUAUUUAUUUUUAUAAUUUUGAUAUUGUUAAAGAACGAGGUAAUUACAUGCUCGAUUCAUUGCAAAGUCAAUUUUGGAUUGAUGAACAUCAAUGGUUUGUUCGAUGUCAUUGGAACUCAGAAAAUAAAUACAAUCAAUGUAUUUUGUUUUAUACUUUAUCAUAUACUUUCUCACAUUUAUCUAUUACUAAUAAUCAUCUAUGGUCUAGAUCAACAUUUCCUUAUCAUCGUAAUGAUUGGUCAUCUUCUCGUGUUCGUUGUUUAUCAUAUAAUGCUCGCUAG